AAGAAUUCCUUUCAUUUUAAUGAAUGUAGGGACAUAAAGUCUAAUUAUAUGUAGAGACAACAUAAAAACAUGACACAUUAUGUAUAGCAACUUAGACUUUAUUGGCUAUGUCUUUAAAUAUGGACCAAACCUAUGAUAUUGCAGGAUUUUGAAAUUCAUUUCAGAAUUUUUGAAUUUAAUUCAAAAUACUGCAAUUUCAUUGAUUUAGUCUACUGAAUUUGGUUUAACCAAGGAAUAAAAUUUGUGCGAUCACAAGUAACAUCAAAAAACUAAUGAUAAUUUUAUACCCCUCUUGAAUCAAAAUUUCAUCCAGGAAAGCUUCUUUUUUUGCUUCUUGCUGCAAAAUGCCUAUGUGGGACUCCAUGUGUGAUGGCAUUUAUCAUUUAUAAAUGGCGAAGGAGACAUUUAUCAGGAUACAAUACCAUUGAAGAAUUCCUUCAGAGUCACAAUAACCUCAUGCCAAUAAGAUAUUCUUAUUCAGACAUUAAAAAGAUAACAGGAGGUUUCAAGGAAAAGUUGGGAGAAGGAGGCUUUGGUUCUGUGUAUAAAGGAAAGCUUCGUAGUGGUCAAUUUGCUGCAGUAAAGAUAUUAAAUAAACCCAAAGAUGAUGGACAAGAUUUUAUCAAUGAAGUCGCUACAAUUGGGAAGAUUCACCAUGUUAAUGUGGUACAAUUGAUUGGUUUUUGUGCUGAGAGAUCAAAGCAAGCUCUUAUAUAUGAAUUCAUGUCUAAAGGAUCUCUUAAUAAUUAUAUUGAUUGUCAUAAAGGAUCCGUUUCCUUAAGUUGGGAAAAACUAUAUAAGAUAUCACUUGGAGUUGCUCAUGGCAUUGAAUAUCUACAUCUAGGUUGUGACAUGCAAAUCCUUCAUUUUGACAUCAAACCUCACAAUAUUCUUCUUGAUGAAAAUUUCACUCCAAAGAUCUCUGAUUUUGGCCUUGCUAAAUUUUAUCCAACUAAGGGAAGCAUUGCAUCUCUUACAGCUAAAAGGGGAACAUUAGGAUAUAUGGCACCAGAGAUAUUCUACAAAAACAUUGGACGUGUCUCACACAAGGCAGAUGUGUAUAGUUUUGGACAGUUGGUGUUAGAAGUUGCAGAUAGAGGGAAGAAAGUAAAUGGAUUUGCUGAAAGUUUAAGUGAAGUUUAUAGUCCAUUUCGGGUUUAUGACCAACUCUCUAGUGGAAAUUUACCAAUAGAAGAGACAGCGGAAGAGGAAAAUAUAAAAGCUCGGAAAAUGAUUAUAACAGGAUUAUGGUGCGUACAGUUUCAGCCUUCCGAUCGUCCAGCAAUGAACAAAGUUGUAGAGAUGCUUGAAGGAGAUAUUGAAAGCCUACAAAUGCCUCCUAGGCCUGUUCUAUUUCCUGCAGAUUCAGUGACUACAGAAUCGAAUAGCCUGGCUGAAAAUCCAAGUCAAGGGAACUCAGGAAAUAUUCUGCUCAGUGUGGUGGGGGAAGGCUAACAUACCACACAUUAAAAUAGCAGUCUUCCAUUUCAAAUGAUGGAACAAUAAUCUUCUUCCUCUUGUAUCCUUUAAAAUUGCUCUAAACACUAGAGUUAAUUGAUGAAUUGAUGAUAGUUUGUAAUAAUUCUAUGUUUAAAUUGCAAGUGAUCGCUACUUAUAUUUGCAUCA